AUGAAUAGUACUAAUAUGUCUCUUAAAUUUCGCAGCCGAAGUGCGAUUUCGGUCGCACUCGUUGACCAGCUAAUGUUCGCUACUACCAUUGCUAUAGCUCGAGGGAUCCGUUUGUGUGCUGGACGAUCCCAAUAUCUUGCUGCAACGUGUACCCCUAGUAGAUUUGUGAAUAAAUUUCAAGUUCGAUCCAGCUCAAACUCCAAAAAUAUCGAUGAUAAAUUACAGACCAUUAUAGACUCCAGCAAUUUGGGAGCUGUAAAGAAGCAAAACGAAGCCAAUAACAAAUCCAGGAAUGCCUCAGACACUGUCAAUGACACCAAUACUGCCAUACCUUCUUCCAGUGAAACUUUUCACCAAGCAAAUGCCGACGAGCACACCAUCUCCGAGUCAACAAAGCGUGCUAUUCUAGCUGAAAAUCCCACAUUGCCGCUGCAGCGUGAGAGAUUAAGAACGGAAACCUCCAAGCGCAUCGAGACGUAUCUCGAAUCGCUUCAAAAGACAAUUUUCCGUGCUACACGAACGUUAAAUGAUGCCACUGGAUAUUCGUCAAUUGAAGGUUUGAAAAAUGAAGUUGAAAAACUUGAAAUUGAGCUCCGUAGGGCAAAGACUACCGUCAAGGAGUGUAAAAAAGCAUAUACCGAUGCCAUUCUGGUUCGGUCGCAACUGCAGCAAGAAGUCAACGAAUUGCUCACUCGCAAGCACAACUGGAGUCCUCUGGAUCUCGAAAGAUUCACAGAAUUAUACCGGAACGACCAUACAAAUGAACAGCUUGAAGCAGAAGCAGCAAGGAAGCUAACGGAUGCUGAGCUGAAAGUGGACUCAAUACAAUUGAAACUCACUCAACUGAUACUCACGAGGUACCAUGAAGAACAGAUUUGGUCCGAUAAAAUUCGAAGUGCGUCAACAUGGGGGACAUGGGUCAUCAUGGGGAUCAAUGUUCUCUUGUUCUUUGUGGCCACGCUCAUUGUGGAGCCAUGGAAAAGAAAACGGUUGGUUGCUUCAUUUGAAGACAAAGUGAAGGUUGCAAUUUCGGAAGUCAAUUUGCUGAACACAGACCUGGUGGUUGAAAAAAAUACAAUACCAGCUCCUGAAGCUUCUGCCUUGAAUGAGACUCUGUUUUCUAGCCAAAUUUCAUUAGAGCCUAGUCUCUUGUCAUUAUCAUGGCUGCAAUGGACAUGGACAAAAUUCUCCAACUACGUAAAAUCUACAACAUCCAGGGUUCUUUACGGAAAUGGGGAGAUACAGGCUAUCGACGCCAGGCUUCUUCUUGUCAUAUCUACAUUUUUAGGGUGCAUCUUAGGCAAUAUCUUGUCUGGUCGUUAG